AUGGCUUCUGCGUCGAAACUGUUGAAGCAGACCUCGCUCGACGCCUUCCUCCACCCAAAUCCAUCUAAAACCCUAAACCCAAUAUCCAACCACCAAUCUCUCUCAUCUUCCAACUCAACUUCCGACUACGAACGUAUCCGCCUAGAAACCAUUCGCCGGAACUCCGACUUCCUUCAAAAGCUCGGCCUUGCCUCAACUCCGCCAGCUCCCAAAUCCCAGAUCAGAAAGAGAAUCCCUAAAACCCCACCUUUACCCUCCGUCCCUCUUCGCAGGAGCACUAGGAAACGAGGGCCGCCUCCGCCGCCAUCCGAUGACGCCGACGAACCUUCGUUGCCCUUCGAGGUCGAGGUCGUCGACUCUUCCGUCUUCCGCUACGCCUGCGACGGGGAAAACCAUUCUUCUUUUGUUCCUCCGCCGUCUCUUUCCACAUUUUCGGCUUCUAUCGUGGGCUUCAAAUCUGUUGGAAGUGCUUUUCGCGAUCCUUCGCUCACCAACAUUUACACCUUGGAUGCGUGUUUCUUAGGGCCAGAACGGUUCUUGGUUGCUGCCGGUGGCCAUGCUGGCUUUAUUUCCGUUUACGGAGGGGAAGGAACGGCGGUGGAAGAGGAUGGUACCCGAAGGCCUCUCAUGAGCUGGAAGGGUAGUCGGAGCUGGGUUUCUGGUGUGAUGUUUAUGGAGAGAAAUCCAAUGUUACUCGUUUCUAGCUCGAAUGAUGGGAAGAUUAUUGUGUGGGAUAUUAAGAAGCAGCAGUAUUCAUCGACUUGGAUUCCUCCUAUUGUUACUGAAUCAGUGGGACUGCAUUCAAGCGGAAUUUUUUCCGUGGAUAGAUUUGAUUGCUUGAUAGCUACAGCUUCUAAAGACUCUUCUGUUGGUAUAUCCAGGCUUUUAUCAGGUGGUGAGCUUGUUGCCGAACGGAAUAUAUCCGGUCAUCAUUCUGGUGCAAUCAGAGGAGUUUGUUUUGGUGAUGAUAAAGAUAAACUUGCUGAUUGUGGAGCCGAUGGACGAAUCUGUAUACUUGAUGCAAGGUUAAAAAAACCUUGCACCAUCAUCAUCAAUUCACAACAUUCCACCAGUCUCAACACAGUUGAGUGGUGCAGGAUGAAUAAUUUUCUACUUUUGACAGCAAGUAGAGAUCCUACAUUACUUCUUUACGAUAUUAGAAGCUAUGCUGAUCCUCUUUGCAAACUUGCUGGCCAUGUUGACACAAAUUCAGGAAUUUGUCAGCGGAUAUAUAAACCUUCAUUUAUAGAUGGAGGGACUAAAGUUGCAACAGUAGGUCAAGGAACAGGAAAGAUAUCUCUUUACAGUGUGGAGAAAGCCAAACUCUUAAGCCAAGGAAUGAUUGGCUAUGAUGCUAAUUUGGUCAAGCCUUUUGAGUAUGGAACAGCUGAUUAUAUAAUUUGGACUGCAGGAAGGCAAAUCAAUCAGUUUCGCCCCUUGAGAAAUGAUCUGCAAAUUAGAAUACCCGAGAAUCUGAAAGGCUUGGAGGAACUGGUUGCAUAUGUGGAGCUUGUUGAUUAG